AAAGAAAGACAUGUUCGGUUUCAUGCCUUAAACUUUAUAAAACAUAAAUAUAAUAAUGACAUUUAGCUUUCCAGUACACAGUGACACUUACUGUUAGAGGACUGAAAUCAAAACAGAAAAUAAUACAAUGGAAAACUAAAGAAAACCCCUAUAAUAGACUUUUAAGAUCAAUUUAAAGCAUUUUUGUUAAGAUGAUCAAAUCAUCCUGAGUUACAGAAAAGGCUGAAAAUAGAAACGAAAGUAAGACAGUGUUACACAGCUUACUGCUUUCAUUACCCGAUGGUGCAGUCCAGUCGGACAACUGAACACUACCUUACAUCAUAUCACUCCGCCAAUCAGUGACAUUACAGCAUCGCACAUGAAAACAUAAACAAGUUGGAAGAAAGAUGGGAGAUGAAGAAGAUUCUAACCCCAGGAAAAGAUGCCGAGAUGAGAUCACAAAGGCAGACGAGGAGGAACAAACAGCUACUAAGAAGCCCUGUGUGACCACUUCAGAAGGUCUGACAGACGAUGCAGCUGAACGACAUGAAGCCAGUAACUUGGACAAACUGGGUGAAGAACAACACACCAGGAAGGAAGAAGAAAGUAUCAGUGAAGAAGAUGAAGCAGAGAUGAGAAAAGAUCAGGAGAAAGAUACACUCAGUCUUCAGGCUAGAGGAGAGGAGGGUGAGACAGAAAGUGUAAAGAAAGACACAUUAGUCAGAGAAACGAUUAAUGACAGAAACAUCAACACUGGUGUCAAAUGUGCAACACUGAGCAAAGUAAAAACUAGUGGAGAUAAAGAAGUACAGGACAAUCUGUUCAUGAAUGAAGACAGUACAUGUUCCAGCAGCACAGAAGAAAACACAAAUGAGAAGUCUGAAAAGUUGAAGGAAACUAAAGUAGAUGAUGCUCCUGUAAAUGUUGGAGAACAGUUGAAUAACUCUAGUGAACAACAUCUGGAUGAAGAGACAAAGGCAGAGAAGCAGAAACAAACAGAGUGUCAGAAACCUGCUGAAACCAAUUCAGAAGAUCUGACAGACGAGGUGAAAGAAGAACAGGGUGAAGAAAUUGGUCUGGAAGAACAGAAAGGAGAGGAAGUGGAAAACAAAAAUGUCAUCAAAAAAGACACUGAUGAUGAAGAAAACACACAGAUUGGACAUAGUGAAGAAGAUGAUGGACAGAUGAGAAAAGAUCAGGAGAAAGAUGCACUCAGUCUUCAGGCUAGAGGAGAGGAGGGUGAUAAAGAAAGUGUAAAUAAAGACACAUCAGUCAGAGAAACAAUUAUUGACAGAAACACAAACAGUGAUGAGGACUGUGAAAAACAAAAAUUGCUAAACAGUGAAGAUGAAGAAGUACAGGAAAAUCGAAAAAGCAUGGGGUCUACCUUUGAUGGAAAAAGUGUGAACCAGUCGUACACCAUGAAGAGUUCAGGAGACCACGAUGACAGCAGAUUUAUUUGCCCGGCCGAGGAGAACGAGACACAGUGCAUUCUUCAGGUUAGAGAAGAGCAGGGUGAGACAGAAAGUGUAAAGAAAGACACAUCAGUCAGAGAAACAAUUAAUGACAGAAACAUCAACACUGGUGUCAAAUGUGCAACACUGAGCAAAGUAAAAACUAGUGGAGAUAAAGAAGUACAGGACAAUCUGUUCAUGAAUGAAGACAGUACACGUUCCAGCAGCACAGAAGAAAACACAAAUGAGAAGUCUGAAGAGUUGAAGGAAACUAAAGUAAAUGAUGCUCCUGUAAAUGUUGGAGAACAGAAAUGCUCCAGUAAAAAAACAAACACAGUGAUGCAAAAACAAACAGCGAUUCAGCCACAGAGAGUUCAUUAUGGUCUGUAUAACCAGGGAGCCACAUGUUACCUCAACAGUGUCCUGCAAGUUCUCUUCAUGACUCCAGAGGUCCAUGACAGGUUUAAUUCAGAAUUACAUACAGAGAUGACUAACAUCUUUGCUGGCCUGAAGAAAGGAACAUGUGGAACAGAAAAAAUCACAAGGAUUUUGCAGAUUAAAAAUGUUUAUGAGCAAGGUGAUGCUGCUGAAUACCUGGAGUUGAUUUUGAAUAAGAUCAGGCAACAAGACACUGCAGUUUUUCAAGGACGUCUGAUGUACACAACAAAAUGCUCUGAAGGUCACAUCAUCAAUAAAGAGACAAAUCCAUUCUGGACUCUUCCACUGUGUCUGAAAGAUAACCACGAUACAACCUACAGUGUGGAAAGAAGCUUUGAAAGGUUUUUCCAGACAAAAACAUUUAAUGGACACAACAAGGUUCACUGCAACAAAUGUAACAACAAAACAGAGGCAACAAAGGAAUGUGAGAUGGAGAAAUAUCCUCCGAUUUUGACUCUACUUCUGAAGAGAUUUGACUUUGACUACAGGAGGAUGUCACAUUACAAAUCAGACUGCAGUGUGGAUGUACCUCUUGAAUUAAAGAGAAAGAAUCAAACGUACAAACUGUAUGGGAUGGUGAACCACAUGGGCAGUCUAACAGGUGGACAUUACACAGCCACCAUCCUGUCCAAUGAGGACGAAACCUGGUAUGAGUGUAGUGAUUCUUAUGUCGGGAAGGUUAAACAGCUGUUUGCAGGAAACAACACUUACACCUCCAGGACUGUAUAUCUUCUCAUGUACAGAGCCACCGAGUCUCAGAUGCCCUGUGGGACCAAAUCAGGAUAUCUGGCACACAAUGCAAUGCAAGAACAGGAUGACAGCAUCCUGGAUGAACCAAGGCCAGACGAAGUGGAAUACAAAAAAAAUGAUGAUGAUGAUGAGGACGAAGAACAGACAGAGAUGCAGGAACAAACAGAGUGUCACCUACUUAUUGCUACCAACCAGAACGGAGACGAGGAAGAAGACAAAGUUAUAUUAAGUUUGGCUGAAGAAAUUUAUUUCUGGUUUACUCACCCACCAGGUGAUUCUCCAGGAGCUGAUGAGAGUACGUCUUGGAUCAAGAAAAUAUGUCAAGUAUUUUGUAUUAGUUUUUUGCCUCUUAUUAUUAUAGUAAUUGGUUGUUAUUUUUUAACAACUACAUAGGUAGCUAACUUAAUUUGAGGAGGGAGACUGGUCACUUUUGGCACUUCUCCUAUAACUGCAUCCUGUAUUGAUUCUGAAAUGCAAACCAUAACAAAAAAAAUAUAUUUGGCUUUUGGAUCAGUUAAAAUAUUGUGCAUAUUUGGAUAUUUUCUUGUCUGCUGUAUGCAACAGGGCCAAGUCUGGCACACAUGUACAUCAGUGUGAAAAAGUAUAGCCACACUUUACCUGAAUCUCAGAUAUUUGUGUACAUAUUUCUGUUUUUGCCUUUGUCUGGGUCUAUGAAGAGGUAAAUUAUGUCAUGUUACUACAACAUUUCUAAUAAUGGAGUGAAGCCUGCAAGCUAGUUCAGCUUGUCAACUCGAGCUGCGCUGCUAAACACACAUGACAUGCCUUAUUCCUUAAUCACUAACCAAGCGCACCCUUCCAAUCUGGUGGUGUCUUUAAGCUGCAAAAUUUCCCAGCUCUCCCUCUGCUUUGUCAAUGCUGCUCUUGCCCUGCAAGCUAUUGCAGCCUGCUGUGCUAUAAGCCCCACCACCACCCCAGCAUCCACCUGUAGACUCUGACUGGGGGUUUAAGGUAUUUGCUCAUCACUCCCCAAUAUCUCUAUGUAAACAUAUCUGCGGGGAGUGAUGAGGUCGGAGCCUAGACGCCAAAAUCUAAAUAUGUUAUACUGCUUUAAUAAACAUAUCAUACGUGAGUUGUCUGACUGAACUAUUAUUAGUAGUCAUACAAUAUGUCGGAUGAAUACUUACUCAUAAGGACUGAUGUAAAACCAAAUAGAUGAAGAACAUCUCAAAAACUAUCACAUCUAGUGCAAGUAUGAUUGUGGCAGAUAACAUGAAAAAUGUAAGCCAAGACUGUGUAGCAUUGCUACUGUACCUCAGCCCAUAAUAGGUGAAGUCUGCAAAGGAAUAAUCAAGUGGGAACCAAGGGUCCAUUUUGUUCAAUUAGAUUAACAAUUGUCUCAAAUCUUACCAAACUGGGGAAGUUUUGAGAUGUUAUUGUUGACGGCUCAGAGGUAGAGGGGGUUGUCCACUGAUCAGAAGGUCAAUCUCCGGCUUCCGUCCGCUAUGAGUGGGAAUGGCACAUUGUAUAUGAAUGACUGAGUGUGGCAUGUAGUGUACAGCGCAUUGAGUGGUCGAAAGACUAGGAAGGUGCUACAUAAGUACAGUCCAUUUACCAUAUUGUGUUUUUUUUAUUAAAACAUUUAAUUACACAUUUAUUUAUUUUUUCUCAGAGAAUGUUUGGUUACACAAUGUUCUCACUGUUAGCUGUUGAUGUGUAUGUGUGUGGUUUUAUGAAUAAAUAAUGUUUGUUCUGUUUUAAUCACAUUGGUCUACUGCUUGUUUCAGUUACUGUUAGCUGACAUUUGAGGAAACUGACUGCCCCACUAUUUAUUUACUGUUAAUUGGAACUCAUUUUCCAUACUUUUAACAGUAUUCAACUUGAAAUUAAAAGUAAAAUAUCUGUCAAAAAAUUAUAGAUUUGUCUUUUUAUGUGGAAAAAAGUGUAUCACUGUGUCCUGAAAAGCUAAAUGUCAUUAUUUUUGUAUCUUGCCAGCAGCAACUGCAGUGUUUUAUAAAGUUUAAUCUCAAAUGAGGGACUUUCUGUUUUUCCUCAUAAGUUAUUAGACUGUGGGAGAGGAGGGUGAUGCAGAAGAUGACAGCACAAAGAAUAACAACUCAGAGCAACAAUUCAUGACAAAAAAAGUCAAAGAAUAGUGAAACCAAAUGAAGUAAACAAAACAAACAAGAAUGGAGGUAAUGUAAAGGUGCUGGGAAAACAGUACUUGCUAUUUAGAGCUAAACACAAAGUAUUGGACAAAUAAAAAAAUGAACCUGAUGAUAGCUAAAGUUAAUGUUAUUACAAUUCCUCCUUUAUACUCUGGAUAUCUGCACCAAUCAGUUUUUAAGUGACAGGAAGUUUGUAAAAGAGUUUCAGGCCGACAAAACAGAAUAGUUGAUAUUUUUGCAGUAUUCUCGACUAUAUUCCGACUACAUGCCACAUGUAGGACAGACUCGGACAGAGGGGCAGGCGGUGAUCCCCUCCACAGCGGACAGACUGAUGGGCUUACACCUUUCCACUGGAUAUUUGGUUGGGCCUCUGGUGAUGCCACAUACUUACAUGCAUCAAUCAGUAUUUACUGUUGCCUAUUUCUUCAUUAUUACACAUUGUUAUAAAUAAUAAUUCAUAUUCAAUAUAUAAUAUGCCAUAUUUUACAGGCUUUAAAAUAUUUUUUAAAGAGUUAGUAAAGAAUACAAUCUCUUGUCAGUGGUUGUGUUUAAACCACAAGAUGGCAGCAUUGUCUGUGAGUUGGAAAGUGUGACAAAUGACCAUGGAGGUUCAACAACAAUUGACCAGUGAUUCUCCACCUCCUGAUGGUUUUAAGGUGAUUAAAGCUUUUAUCAAAGCUCAUGCGUUGGCUGGGAAUCGAACCCAGGUGAACUGCUUGGGAAGCAGCUAUGCUCACCACUAUAUCACCAAUGCCUUAAGAGCACUGUAACCUCCAUGACCCCAACAUGUGGUCUCACAACUGUAUCCAGUCAUUGCGGUCAGUUUCAGUGAUACAUAGUCCAGGUUUCAGUGAUAUUAAAGGCACUUUUGUCCAUAAUAUAUUUAUUCAGAAUACAGCUUUUCUAUAUUUUCAGUGUAAACCAAUAGAGUUGUUACUGUACAUUUACUCUAGUUCUGCAUAAUUUAUAGCAACUAUUUCCAUUUUCUGCUGUUAUACUUUUACUUUAAUACAUUUAAGACAGAAAUAUAGAUUUCACUACAUUGACAGCUAUGUUUAUAAAAUAUGAUGAAUUGUUAAAGAUUAAACUACCCAUAAAGCAGUUAAAAUGACCUCCACACCUUAAUAGUAUUUACAUUUGUGUGCUGUAUCUGUAAUUAAUGAUCAAUUCUGCAUGAAUACUUUUACUUUUGAUAAAGUACAUUUUACAGAUAAUACUUAUGUACUUUUACUUUUAACACAUUUUAAAUGCAGGAUUUUAACUUGUAAAUAAGUAUUUUUAUUGUGUUCUACUUGUACACAAGUUAAUUAUCUGAAUACUGAUUCCAUCACUAUAAUUUUCUCUCUCAUUGUUAUUACUGUGUAUUCACCACUAUAUCACAAUUAAUGUGACAAUGACAUGCUAAAGUUAGACGGAACCACUUACAGCAUGUUUUAUAAGUGCUGCUAAAAUAGAAAUAAUUUCUAUAAAACAAUAAUGUAUAUUUAUUUAUCUUUAUUUCACAGGAAAAGCAACCAUGGUUCAAUUCAUGUUAGGGGAACAAACAAAUGAGUAAAAAAAAUAAAAAAAAAUCCUCAUGUUGUGAUGAUAUUGUUCCAAAUUCUAAGUACAAAUACAAAAACGAUCUUACAGGCUCUUCACUGUUAUUCAAAACUGGUGUGGAGUUAAUUUAUGAUGAUCGGCAUAAUUAAGAAAAGGAAGAAAUUGUGUUAUCAUCGUCAUCAAUUAUUUCCUCUGCCACACAGGUAUAGAGGUCUGUCUAGGCGCUACACCAGUGGAGCAAAGUCGGUCAUAUGAGGAUACCUCUUCCUCCUCACUCUCAUCAGUGAACUCCUCACUCUCAUCAGUGAGCUCCUGACACUCUUCAGUGGUUUUCAGGCACACGAAACAGAACUCCACCUUACAGCGGCGACAGACAAUGUUUUUACAUUGAGUCUUGUUAUGCUCAAGUAGCAAACCACAGGUGGGACAGGCACGGAUGGAGGGACAGCCAGUGACACCCUUCACAUCUUCAAAGACCAUGUCUGGAGAGUUUUUCAGUAUUUCUAGUUGCUGAUUAAUGCAGCCAUUGUUUUCACAGCGGUCUGAACGUGGAGCCGGACCUUUCCAUUCCUUCAAACACUGCCAGCAGAAUCUAUAAGACCUUUUUUUGUUAGCUGUGCACACUGAGCAUUCAAUACUCAGAUUACUGGGAUCAGUUCUCACCACAGAGGACUUGCAACCAGGACACUGUGAAGUGAAGUUAUAAGAAAAACAUAAUGAGAUGUUGUUUUUUUCAGAGUUCAACAGUUAUUAAAUAGUGUAAUAUUGAUACUUACAAGUUUCAAGUCGCCAGCAUUGUUGAACAUCUCCUGUUCAAAGUACUCCUUUUCUUCAGGGCUUAGAAGAGCCAUUUUACAAACCUCCUCAAAGGGCCACUGAACAUCACAGUCAGGUUGACCACACACAAAUCUGCACUCACCCUUAGAUAUUAAAGAGAAAAUCAAAGAAAACCUUUAACAGUUUUCUGUCAUUUAGUAAACUGAUGGUCCCUGCUAUUUAUAUGUAUUCAAACUGUACAAUGGAGUGGUUGGGAACAACUGUCCUACGGUGCCUUUUCAGUGGAGAAAACAUGAUGAAGUGCCCUCUAUUGUGCUAAUCCUAACCUUGACUAAGCUGUUUCACCAUAAAUGUGUCACAACUUUUUGUACACUGGUUUUUGUUUUUUAUUUUUUCACCUCAAACAGCCAGAAAGUCAACAACUGGUGCUAUUAACCAACAUCAGAAAAACAUUUUUAUGUAACUAAACUCACUGCUAAAUUAAACUGGUCACUUUCUGUUAUACCAUGUAUAAAUACAAUCUAAACCCUUUAGCACAAUACAUGCUGCCACUAUGCACAUUGUCAGUGAAGUUUAGUCACUAAAACAGAUUUUAUAUUGCAUUAUGAUGUAAACAGCCUACCUUGUCCAACAACCUGCGACACCAGUCGGUGAGAGACAUCGGAGUGACAGCAUGACCACAGGACAUCUUUGCUCUCAGAGACUUGUAGCCAAUACACAGAACUGUGAGGCACACAUAAACAAGGAGAGCUAUAAUACUUAAAAGUAGCAGGUAAAUACAUAGAUAGCAGAAGCUAAUGUUUGCUUGGUGAUCAUAUGACAUUCAUAAGAUAAGAUAAUGUGACAUUUGACUACUUACAGUCUAAAUCAUCCUCUCCAUCGAUAAAUGUAAGUGUUUUGUCUUGAGGGUCGUAACACUUCUCCUGUUCAGUUGUCAUGUUGCUGCUCAUCUUGACCAAAUGUAAAAUGUAGGUUACUUACUCAAAUAAAAUACCAGCUUUAUGGGGGAAUUUCUUUUCCUUUCGCUUUUAAUUUCCAAGAAGUCAUGUGAUUUUUUUACGUGACGCGUAUUAAAAAAAACCCCAUCUGAUAUCACAAAGCCUAUUUAUUUACCAAACGUUUCACUUUCUGAACAGACAGAUCUGAAGAACUCACUGAACAAGCUCCAAAAUGUGUUUCCAAGUCUGCGUUCAUCCACCCUUUGGAAAAGAAAAGAUUUUCGAGCUGUGCGACAAUAAACAGCAGCUGAAGAACAUCACUGGACGGCAAUUUAAAGAGAAAAUUUGUAAAGAGCUGUGGAUAAAGGAUGACUUUCGGAUUGUCGUAAACGCCAAGCCGGUGGAGGAAGAGGCCACUCUGGAAUCCACUGGGAUCGAGCACAUGUCCACAGUUCAUACAGUGCUGAAACUGUCCGGGGGCACAUCUGAUGAAGAAUAAACCCCACACGGUCUCAAGAAAACCAUGAUCCAUGCAUGAACAAAUCAAUAUAUCCUCAUGCAAUCCUUUUUUAAUCGUUAAUGUUUUAGAUAAUCAAAGUGUAUAGUUUAACAUUGAAUCAUGAAUAAAAAAAAUUUAUUUUACUCUUGGAUGUACAGAAAUUGUUUUCAGUGUCAAAACAUUUUUUUUUUUAUGAGCUCAUUUUGAUUCAUUGUGUGUGGUUUGUAAUAAUAACAUUUUUAUAAACUCUACUUGUCUCA